AUGUUCAUAACAGUGGAAUAUUGUAGAUUGCCAAAGCUUUGCACUGCUUGCUGUGUAUUUGGGCAUGACUGUUCGGUUCCAGGAAAUGGUACUAAUAAUGUUAGGAAGGUUUGGCGAAGGAAGCAAAUCACAACAGCGGAGCUGCGGGAGGUGGAUUCUGAGAGAAUGAAUAGUUCUUUGGGUACAGAGGUAGUGGAUGGUUCUUUGGGUACAGAGGUUGUGGAGUUGCAGGUGCUUAAUUCUGAGACACUAGAUGUUUCAGUGGGUAAAGAGGUGAGGGUUGACAGUGGCAAGGAAGUGUGUGAAACACCACCAAUAACCCCAAGCGCUCUUCCUUCCCAGGAGGAGUUUGACACAGUUGUGAAUGGUGUUAAGGCUGGUCCAACGAUUUUGCAGAGGUCUUCUAUAACUUUGCAUAAUUCGUUUGCUGCUAUCUGUGCGAAAGGGGUAACUCUGCAGCCUGCUCCAUCUAAGGGGCGAGAGGGUUUACGUAGUCAGAAAGGGACUUUGGUCCCCCCACUUGUUAAAUGA